CUUUCUACCUCAAAAAUCGAAACCACAAGGCGUAGAACUACAAUGCCAAAUGCAACCACAACUCCCCAACAAUAGGUACGGUUCAGUGGCUGUUUGAAGUCUUGCGUUAACUCAGACGUCUUGUUAUAACUCCCGCCUGGCCGGUCGGUACCCUUCUAUCAGGAGAGCGUGUAUUCUGCCGACUCUCCAGAAGAUCAGGAAGGGUCGAAAGGCAUCGAACGUUGGAUGCGUUGUCCAACUCCACCCAUAUCCGUGAAGCUUGCUGAAGACGUGUUUGAUCAAAAAGUUAAAGUACCUAAAGGGGAACGCAAAGAGAGGGUCCAAGGAAAGCUCGCCGAAAUCGAGAGCAUAAUAAACCCUAGGUCAUAGCGAAGAGAAAAUAUGACCGAUAUACUAAACGUGCCGGCUGAGAGACAAGGAACGGGUGGGAGCGGGGGCCCCCUAUGCGAUUCACUUCUCCCUAGUAUAGGGGCGACAGCAGCUCCUUUAGCGGAUAUAGUUAAACUGUUUAACUCUAAAGUCAGUGAGUUGACAGACGACGAAGAGCACAAGGAGUAUCUAGCUUGCCCUUUCUGGAAGCAUAAUCCCGCCCGAUACCUUCAUGUUAAGAACUCGUGUACGGCUGGUGUUGGUUUCAAGAAUAUUGGGAAGUUAACGGAGCAUAUCAAGAGAGUACACUGUCUAUGGAAUGGCUGCGAAAAGUGUCUCAUGAGGUUUAACAAAACAAAAAAGGAGGAAGUUGGUGAAAUAAAACGGAGGCAUAUGGCCAAUUGCACACAACCGACCAAGAGCUUGACGGAAUUAGAUGCUGAAUGGAUGAACAAGGAUCAAGAUGAAGCAUAUGGGCAGCUCAAUUUCCAAAAGGAUAAAGGGAGCCCCUUUCGAUGCUACGAGAAAAUAUGUUGCGCGUUAUGGGGACCUGACCCAAAGAUUGAGAUCCAAGAGCCCUACCACCUACCCGGAUUUCAAAUGUCGGUCCUUCGUUGGCAGUUUGUAAAGGGUCUGAAGUCGCUCUAUGAACAGAAGAAAAUUGAAGAGCCGCAUCCUGACGCAAUACAAGACGCAAAUGCGGCUGCUGCUGCCGCUACACUCUCUCCUGGAAUUCAGGACGUUGAUCCGAUGCUUCUCUCGACACAUACUUUGGACCACCUGUCAAACAACCCCCCUCCUUUUUACAGAGGACAGCGCAGAAAAGAUUCGGGUGUUUGGUCGUGGGAUCCUAGCGAGAACCAUGCAACCUUCGCCAAACCCACACUCCCUGGAUUUUCUUACGACGACGAACUGGAUGAAGAGAAUCCAGCACGAGCGCAGAAUGAACCAGACUCCCUCUACACAACUGGAACCUGGGCCAGCUCAACAGAUACAUAUACAAUCCCGGAUGAUCAAUUUGAUAGGGAUGCUGAUGGGGAUGUCUCUCUGGAAAAUAAUUGGCAAAUUGCGUUUGAGUAGUGUUAUAGGAAUAAUGACAAUGGGGAUUGGUCUUCUUAACCUUUUGCUAUCGUUACGUAUUUCAAUAUUUAUUGACCAGUCUGCCUCUAUUCAACUUGGUUCGCUCAUGCACUAGAC